UGGCUAAACAGAUGAUUGCUGUAUUUGCCGGGAGUUUUUCUUUUUAAUUUUUGUUCCGAAACUAAAGCGUUUAAUUAUUCCUACUGCUAUAAAAUGAGCGACGAACAGAGUUCGUGGCGCUCCAAGCUGCUUCUCAUAUGCCAGCAAACCAGAUUCAGCAGCGAGUCCACUCAGUUUGCUGCGCUGAAGGAUCACCAUGCCAGGCUGCAGGCUUGCGAGAGCACGGAGAAGGCGAUGAAGGAGCGCUGCCAGGAAAAAAUAACUAUGAGUCGCAGGUCGAGAAGAGGGAUUAACCAUGCGGACUACUUGUUCGAGAUGCCCCAUAAUUCAGUUUUUGAGCCAGAGUGUAGGGGCUUCUACGAGAGCUGCCACCAAACAGAGAUGGCCUCCAGUGAUCUGCAGGCUGCGCCGGUGGAGGUUUCAAGCACUUACCCGGACAAACAGCCCCUUAAGGGCCUUGACUCCGGGCAGCUCCCGGAGUCAAGCAUUAAUUCCACAAAGAAGAUAGAUGCGCAACAGUACCCGUCAGAGAGCUCAUCCCAAAGCGGCUUUGGCUUUCGCACUGCCCGGGAGCAACUAAUCCUGGACGAAUUAAAGAAAAAGAAUCGACAGGCGACAAGCGAAGUGGAUGCAGUCCCAACCGGCAUGAUGAACUUCAGGAAGAAAACGCUGGGUGGCAAGCGAACUGUGAGCUCGAACUUCGUGUCGCCCGUGGCGCAAAAGGAGAAUUCCACUAGCUCACAGAGCAGCAGCAUACCACCCGCAUUGGCCCACUUGGAUUCCAAGAUGGUUGAGCACAUUCUCGGCGAAAGCAUGCACGAUUUCAAGCCUGUCGCUUGGGAAGAUAUUGCCGGUCUGGAAUCUGCAAAAUCCACAUUCCUGGAAGCCAUUAUCAUGCCACUCCGGCGGCCUGACUUGUUCACAGGAGUGCGGUGUCCACCACGAGGCGUUCUCCUGUUCGGGCCACCUGGCACAGGCAAGACUCUCAUUGCCAAGAGCAUCGCUUCCCAGGCAAAGGCAAAGUUCUUUAGCAUUAAUCCGUCCAGCCUGACCUCAAAGUGGGUCGGCGAUGCCGAGAAGCUGGUGAAGACAUUGUUUGCCGUGGCCGCUGCACAUCAACCGGCUAUAAUAUUCAUAGACGAGGUCGAUUCCCUGCUGUCCAAACGUUCUGGGAACGAAAACGAGAGCACUCUACGCCUGAAGAACGAGUUUCUCAUUCACUUGGACGGUGCCGCUAGUAAUGAGGAAAUCCGAGUGCUGGUAAUAGGAGCCACCAACCGACCGCAGGAGCUGGAUGAGGCUGUGCGCCGCCGAUUUGUAAGGCGUCUGUACGUUCCCUUACCCACGAGGGAGGCGCGUCAGAAAAUCAUAGAGAAGUUAAUUCGUCAGGUGAAGCACAACCUAGAUGUUGUGCAAGUAACCGAGCUGGCUGAGCUUACCGAUGGCUAUUCUGGAGCGGAUGUGGAUACGCUUUGCCGCUAUGCAUCCAUGGCGCCACUUCGCUCAUUGACACCUGACCAAAUGGAGGUCAUAGAAACGCAUCAGCUGCCUGCCGUAACUAUGGCUGAUUUCAAGCAGGCUUUGCGGGUUAUAUCUAAAAGCGUUUCUGCGGAGGACUGCAAACAAUUUGAGGCCUGGAAUGAAAUAUACGGCGUCCGGCAUUAAAAACAGACACAGCAACGCACAUCAAAAUUACGUUCGUAUACGGAUUGUGACAGACUGUGAAGUCCGUUUAAUGUCCUUAACUACCUUAAUGUGUACACAGCUUGGGAAAC